AUGGUGAGUGGUGAGCAAAAUGUGGCAACAAUGAAAAUGCGUAGCCCAACGAUCAAGCAAUCUGCAUCAGAUACAAACCUGUCCCGCCGCCACAACUUCCGGUCGAAAUCUUCAUCUUCAAAAACUGUGAGAAGGCCUAAACAAAGCAAUGGUCGUUCCUUGUCAUCAGUGAACCUCCAACCAUAUGACAUCUAUGGCGAGUCUUCUAAUAGUCCAUACUAUAAGGGUCUCACAGAUCAAUCCCUUGCUGUUAGUUCCUGCCCUGCACCUCACUCUUCUACCUCUAACCUCCUUCCAUCUGGACAUAGUCCAUACUACAAAGGUCUUACAGAUUAUUCCCUUGUUAUUGAUUCUUGGAGCCCUGUGCUUCAGAACAAUCCUGCCAACAACUCCCUUCCACACGAGUGUAGUCCAUACUAUAGGGGUCUCAUAGAUUACUCCCUUGCACUUCAUCGACCACAGCUAUCACCCCCUAAGAUUAAGAAUCACUCUACUUUGGAGGAGUUGAUGACUAAGAUGGUCGAUGAUGAUGUUGCCUUUCUGACUGAAGAGAAGCCACUGAGGGAGAAAGAAUCAGAAGCAAUUAAGGUUGGGAGUGUAUUAGAAGAAAAUGCAAAGAAAACAAUUGUGGAGGAGAUCGAAUUGAUGACAAAAGAGGUGAUUGAAGAGAAGUCAUUGAGGGAGAGAGUAUCAGAGGCAAGUAUAAUUGAGAAUAAUGUAUUGGAAGAAAAAACAGAUAAAAUAAUUUUGGAGGAGAUGGAGCUGAUGACAAAAGGGGUCGAUGAUUGUGAUGUUGGGUUGGAGAUUAAAGAGAAGCCAUCGAGGGACAGGAGAGUAUCAGAGGCUAGUAAGGUUGAGAGUGUAUUAGAAGGAAAUGCAGAGAAAACAAUUUUGGAGUUGAUGACAAAGGAGGCUGGCGAUGGUAUUGGUGAUGUUGGGUUGGUGAUUGAAAAGAAGCCCUUGAGAGAGAGAGUAUCAGAAGCAAGCAAUGUUGAGAAAGUAUUACAAGAAAAUGCAGAGAAAGACAAAGCAGAAGAAGGAAAAUUGUACGAGUAUUUGUGGGCAACCAAAUACCAGCCCAUGACCUUGGCAGACUUCAUAUGCAACAGAGAUACAGCACUUCAGCUGAAAGAAUUGGUAAAAGAGGGGUGUGGCUGUAAUCAUUUUAUAUUUGAAGGACCACCAAGUGCAGGAAAGAGAUCCAUGAUACGGGCUAUGCUUCGAGAGGUAUUUGGCGCUGACAGAGUACAGGUCAUAGAAGAAUGUAAAGACUUCAACUGGAAGGGAGAAAUGAUUGAUAAUCUCCAAGUGCGCAUAAAUAAAUCACUACAUCAUGUUGAGGUCAAUCUCUCAGAGACAAAGGGAUAUGAAAAGCAUGUAAUUGUUGAUUUAUUCAAAGAAACAUAUGGGAAGAUCAUAAAUAACUCAAUGCCUUGUACCCCUGAAAAUUGCCAAGCGAUCAUUUUGUAUGAGGCGGAGAAGCUAUCGAGGGAAUCCUUGUUGUAUAUAAAAUGGCUACUAGAAAAGUACAAAGGGUGUAAUAAGGUGUUCUUUUGUUGCUCUGAUGGAUCAAAGCUCCAACUUGUCAAACCACUUUGCACCAUUGUCCGCCUUUCAUCACCAUCAAGCCAAGAGAUUGUUAAGAUAUUGGAAUAUAUUGGAAAAGAAGAAGGAAUAAAACUAUCACCGGACUUAGUAAAGAAGAUUAUUUUGAGGUCCAGAAACAAUCUCCGCCAAGCCAUUCGUUCAUUGGAGGCCACUUGCCGAAACAAGGAUUCCCUAAAAGACGACGAUUUAGUUUUAACUGGAUGGGAAGAUGAUAUUUUGAAUAUUGCUAAGAAUAUAAUUGAAGAGCAAAGUCCAAGACAGUUGUACGUCAUUCGUAGAAAGCUUCAAAGCCUCAUGAUUCAUGAUGUUGCUCCUGGGUUUAUUUACAAGUCUUUGGUAGCAGGGUUAACGAGUCUAGUUGAUGACUCACUACGCUCAGGGGUUGCCAAACUCGACAAGGAAUACAACAAAGCUAGUGAAAUCAAAUUUGAGACUAUGAAGCAAUUCGGUCAUGUUCAAAACAAACAAGUGGAAUCUGAUGAAAGGAACAAGGAGCCAACAAAAAAGAAUACGUUAAGUUACUUGAAAGUUGAAGAGUUUAUAGCGAAAUUCAUGAGCUGGUACAAGAAUUCGUCUGUAAAAAGUGGCAAGCAUGUGCAACUAUUUGGUGGAACAUUAUAA